AUGAGAAAAUCCAUCACCUCCCGCCUUGUGCGCCUCCCCCUCGAAGCAGCCCGGCAAACACCCCAACGUUCCUUCCCCGCCAUCUUCGCCCGCGGCGGGACGUCAAACGGUUUGGUCAUGUUCGAGCACGACCUCCCUCCCCGAUCUCACUGGCCUUCCGUCCUGCCCAAAGUAAUGGGUUCCCCAGAUCCUCAUGGUCGACAACUCGACGGGAUGGGAUCGGGGAUCUCGUCCACGUCCAAGAUCUGCGUGCUUUCCCCCCCGAGCAGGAAGGAUGUAGAUGUGGACUUCACGUUUGUUCAGGUUGGUAUCAAGGACGGGGUGCUGGACAUGGGUGGAAAUUGUGGGAAUUUGAGCAGUGUUGUUGGGCCUGUGGCGUUUGAUCACGGGCUGGUGAAGAGGAGGGGAGUGGGGUUCAGAAAAGAGGGAGGGGAGGAGGAGAUGGUGGGGUGUGUGAGGAUAUUUAAUACUAAUACUGGGAAGGUGGUGGAGAGUAGGUUUAGGGUUGGGGGGAAUCCGUUGCGGUUUGACAGUGAGGGGGGGUAUGAGAUGGAUGGGGUUUCUGAGAUUUGCCUUUGA